UCCUGAACAUGGGAGGAGAUACUGAACGGAGAGGGACCCUGGGCACAGGCUGGGGAAUAUCGCCGCCCCAAAGCAGAGCUGGAGGCAGCGAAAGCUGAGCGGCGGCGAUAUGAGGAGGCAGCACGGCAGUGCGACAGUUCUCCCGCCUGUCCGGCGCUGCUGCCGGAGUCUCCCGCCAGUCCGGCGCUGCUGCCGGAGUCUCCCGCCUGUCCGGUGCUGCUGCCGGAGUCUGAGGCGCCAGAGCCCCUCAGCCCAGAGGCGCCAGAGCCCCUCAGCCCAGAGGCACCAGAGCUUCCGCCCCUCUGUCUCGAGCUUCCGCCCCUCAGCCCAGAGGCACCAGAGCUUCCGCCCCUCUGUCCCGAGCUUCCGACCCUCUGUCCCGAGCUUCCACCCCUCUGUCCCGAGCUGCCGCCCAUCUGUCCCGAGCUGCCGCCCCUCUGUCCCGAGCUGCCCCUCUGUCCAUUGA